GAAACUGAUGCACUUCAUGAAGAAAACGCACACUUAAAGAUGUGUCCAGUAAAGUGGGCACCUCCGGAUUGUAGGGCAUUCCGAGUUUUUCUGGACAUGAGAGAGAAAGUUGCUGCGUGCUUAUUUGGAGAUCCAUAAAAAAACGCGCACGCUUCGAGCUUGCACUGGAGGACCAGUCAGUCUUUCUUUUCUUGUUUUUCGGACUCUCUUUAUAGGAUUUGCUUCUUUGUUUUCGUAUUGGGUGUUUGUAUGAAGAAAAGCGUGUAGUACUUAGUGAUCGUGGAGCGGUGGGCACUUCAGUGGGCAUGUGGCUCCUGCGCGCCGCCGGAAAACGCGCCUGCGCUCCCACCAUCAGCUGCAAGCUCCGCGCCCGAGCCUGACUUUCUCUCCGGCUUUUUGCCGACUUUUCUCAUCAACACCAAACCAUCAUGCGAUGAGUCAGCUCGGACUGGGAUUAGAACCAGGAACGAUUAGCCUACAGGAGGUGAAUGAUGGCUGAGGAUGGAGGUAAUAUUUCCGAGGAGCAAAGAGCCAGCGAUGGAGUUAAUACGUCUUCGCUUCCCAGGACCUUUAUCCGACUGAACGAUCUGUCCGGGGAAGGAGAACGAGGGGCCGACGAAGUCCACGAUGAAGGAGAGAGAAGGGAGAGCGCGGGAGGCCCGGUGGCCGAGGAGACGGCGUCGGCUGAGGGGGGCGAGGAGGCUUUGCCCUAUCCCUCGCUCGCGCCCGUCGUCUUCUUCUACCUGAAGCAGACGACCCGUCCCAGGAGUUGGUGUCUGAAAAUGGUCUGCAAUCCAUGGUUCGAGCGUGCCAGUAUGCUGGUGAUCCUGCUGAACUGUGUGACAUUAGGAAUGUUUCACCCGUGUGAGGACAGUGACUGUGGUUCAGAACGCUGCAAAAUCCUAGAGGAUUUUGAUGACUUCAUUUUUGCAUUUUUUGCUGUGGAGAUGGUGAUAAAGAUGGUAGCUUUGGGAAUCUUUGGCAAGAAGUGUUACCUUGGGGAUACCUGGAAUCGGCUAGACUUCUUCAUUGUGCUGGCGGGGAUGCUGGAAUACUCUCUCAAUCUGCAGAAUGUCAGUUUGUCAGCUGUCCGUACUGUCAGAGUGCUGAGGCCUCUCCGAGCUAUCAACCGAGUGCCCAGUAUGAGGAUAUUGGUGACGCUCCUGCUGGAUACUCUCCCCAUGUUGGGAAAUGUGCUGCUGCUUUGCUUUUUUGUCUUCUUUAUCUUUGGGAUCGUCGGGGUCCAGUUGUGGGCCGGGUUGCUUCGGAAUCGCUGCUUUCUGCCUACAAACUUCUCCCUUCCUCAAAACCUACAGCUGUACAAACAUUUCCAAACUGAAAAUGAUGACGAGAGCCCAUUCAUCUGCUCUCAACCGCGGGAUAACGGCAUGCGACAGUGUAACUCCAUCCCCAGACUGCAUGAAGAGGGUCUGCAGUGUCAGCUGGACAUGGGAGCCUACAACAGCACAGAUAACACCACCUGUGUGAACUGGAACCAGUACUACACCAACUGUUCUGCUGGGAAUGUCAACCCAUUCAAGGGGGCUAUCAACUUUGAUAACAUAGGCUAUGCAUGGAUUGCUAUCUUUCAGGUCAUCACUCUGGAGGGUUGGGUGGACAUCAUGUACUUUGUCAUGGAUGCACACUCCUUCUACAACUUUAUCUACUUCAUCCUCCUGAUCAUAGUUGGCUCAUUCUUUAUGAUCAACCUGUGCCUGGUUGUCAUAGCCACACAGUUCUCUGAGACAAAGCAGCGUGAAAGUCAGCUGAUGAAGGAACAGAGAGUACGAUUUAUGUCCAACGCCAGCACACUUGCCAGCUUCUCAGAGCCAGGAAGCUGCUAUGAUGAACUCCUGAAGUACUUGGUUUACAUUGUUCGCAAGACCACCAGGCAGUUAGGCCACCUAGCCCGUGCUGCUGCUCGCCGAGCAGGCCUGAGAGUACGCGCCUCUCCCGUCCUGGAACCUCCGAACUCCAGGAGACGGCGACACCGACAGCGCCAGGGAUCGAUCCACCACCUCGUGCACCACCAUCACCACCACCACCAUCACUUCCAUAUGGCCAAUGGUAGUGUCCGCAGUGACAUUUCCCAAGAGAUGGAAGCAUCCCUGAGAAACAUGACCCGGAAUGGUGCAGGCUCCGGGCGACUCACCCUGCCCGCCAUAACCCCUCUGCAGGACCCUUCACCUACCUGCUCUGGGGCUCUUGUUUCAAGCAGUGCGGAGUCUGUACACAGCAUCUACCACACUUCAUGCCACUUUGAGCCGCUGCGUGUGCCCCCAUCUGGCAGCUCAAUGCUGCAGGCCUACAAGAGGAACUCUGUGCCGUUUGCUGCACCGGUGCAUAAGAACUACCCGACCCUGCAGCCCCGCAUGCCCCUGGAACAGUUCAGACAGAGAGCACUGGAGCCCGGAAGUUCCAACUGCACUUCUAACAUUAUAACCAACCUGAACAUCCCACCUAAUCCAAUCAACACGUCCCAGUGCCUGCAGGAGGUGCAAGGGCCCACAGGAAACGUCCCCUACAAUCUUCCCAAUACCAACUGCAGUGGCACAAACUUGGACGCAGCUUUGAGGUUAGACCCCGAGACCUGCCCCUACUGUACUAAAUCAGCAGGUAAUGAUUCAGAGGGGACCGAAGCCAACGAGACGGCAGACUCGGACAGCGAGGGAGUGUACGAGUUCACCCAGGAUGCUCACUAUCGGGACAACAGGGACCCUAACAGGAAGAAAAAGAAAAAGUUGGGGGCACGGGCAGCGAGAAUAGUGCACUUUUGGAGACUGGUGUGCGAUACGUUCCGCAAAAUUGUGGACAGCAAGUAUUUUGGACGAGGAAUCAUGAUCGCCAUUCUCAUCAACACUCUCAGCAUGGGGAUUGAGUACCAUGAGCAGCCUGAUGAAUUAACCAACGCACUGGAGAUCAGCAAUAUCGUCUUUACCAGUCUGUUUUCCCUCGAGAUGCUGCUGAAGCUACUGGUGUACGGCCCGUUUGGCUACAUCAAGAAUCCCUACAACAUUUUCGACGGCAUAAUCGUGGUGAUCAGUGUCUGGGAGAUUGUUGGCCAGCAGGGUGGCGGAUUGUCAGUGCUGAGGACCUUCAGAUUGAUGCGGGUGCUGAAGCUGGUACGCUUUAUGCCAGCUUUGCAGAGACAGCUGGUGGUACUGAUGAAGACGAUGGACAAUGUGGCAACAUUUUGCAUGCUGCUUAUGCUCUUCAUCUUCAUCUUUAGUAUUUUGGGGAUGCACCUGUUCGGAUGCAGGUUUGGCUCGGAGAGAGACGGAGACACGAUGCCUGACCGGAAGAAUUUUGACUCUUUGCUCUGGGCCAUUGUUACAGUGUUUCAGAUCCUAACCCAGGAAGACUGGAAUAAGGUGCUGUAUAACGGCAUGGCCUCCACCUCGCCCGUAGCUGCUCUUUACUUUAUUGCCCUGAUGACGUUUGGGAACUAUGUGCUAUUCAACUUGCUGGUGGCGAUAUUAGUGGAGGGUUUCCAGACUGAGGAACUGGCUAAACGGGAAGACUUGCAUGCUCAGCUGAGCUGUAUUCAGCUACCAGUAGACUCGGGGGGGGAUGGCUCGAAAUCAGAGUCAGAAGCAGAUUUGUACGCACAAAGCAUCGAUGAUGUGCGCAGAAGCAAAAAGGACGUGUCAGCUUCUUCUGUGGUACCUAUCAAUGGGCAUGUUGACCUGAAGGCCAGUCUUACACCCCCUCUAAUAACCCACACGGCUGCUACGCCCAUGCCUGUGCCUAAGAUCUCAGGAGCAGGAGAGGACUUUGCUCUGGGUCACGACUCACGCCGAGGCAGCAACGUGUCCAUGGAGCCUGGAUGUCAUGACAAGACUUCGUCGAGUGUGCGGAGCUCCCCUUACGCCCCCUGGAGUUCCGGCAGCAGCUGGAACAGUCGCCGCUCCAGCUGGAACAGUCUAGGCCGGGCCCCGAGCUUGAAGAGGCAGAAGCAGCAGUCGAGCGAGCGCUGUUCUUUGCUUUCUGGAAACGGCCACUCCAGUUCUGACGAGGAUGAGGCAGGAGGGGUCAGCGGUAGCAGGGGGGUGUUGGAAGCAGACAAUGCCUCUCUGGCCAGGACAGAUUCUUUUAGCCGGAGGACUCGGCACAGGCGCAUGGAGUCUCUGGAGACGCGCAGUUCUUUCGACCUGCCCCAGGACACACUGCAGGUGCCGUAUAUGCAUCGUUCAGCCAGCAUCCACAGCACGCGACCACCUAACCUGAUCGGCAACGGCAAGAGCUCGCCGACGGGAGCUACCACCCAGCUCUCGCUGGAGGACCCUCAUAGUGAGGAUGACAAUGCUGAUGAGGAGGGAAACCUGAGUCGACGAGCACGUUUGUAUCGCUGGCUGGAGCAUAAACAGCCUGAAUGGUGUCGACAGAGGAGCACCUGGUCCUUGUACCUUUUCCCUCCAGAAUCUAGGUUACGUGUGACCUGCAAUAAGAUCAUCAGCCACAAGAUGUUUGACCACGUGGUUCUUGUCAUCAUCUUUCUGAACUGCAUUACCAUCGCCAUGGAGCGGCCCAGGAUCGACUCAAGAAGUGCUGAACGCAUCUUCCUGACGGUGUCUAACUACAUCUUUACUGCCAUCUUUGUGACCGAAAUGGCCAUCAAGGUGGUAGCAUUGGGCUGGUGUUUGGGAGCGAAGACCUAUUUAAAAAGCAGCUGGAACGUUCUGGAUGGAAUGCUGGUGAUGAUCUCAGUCAUUGACAUCCUGGUGUCCUUGAUCUCAAAUAGUGGCACAAAGAUCCUUGGAAUGCUGCGUGUGCUGAGGCUUCUGAGGACCCUGCGCCCCCUCCGAGUGAUUAGCAGGGCUCCAGGACUUAAGCUGGUGGUUGAAACUCUGAUGUCGUCCCUCAAACCAAUCGGAAACAUCGUUGUAAUCUGCUGUGCGUUCUUCAUCAUUUUUGGCAUCUUGGGGGUUCAGCUGUUCAAAGGGAAGUUCUAUGUGUGCCAAGGCGAAGAUAUACGGAAUGUAACCAACAAAUCUGACUGCCUACUUGCAAAGUACAAGUGGGUCAGACACAAGUACAACUUUGACAAUCUGGGGCAGGCCCUGAUGUCUCUCUUUGUACUUGCUUCUAAAGACGGCUGGGUUGACAUUAUGUAUGAUGGACUGGAUGCUGUAGGGGUGAAUCAGCAGCCCAUUAUGAACUACAACCCCUGGAUGCUGCUCUACUUCAUCUCCUUUCUCUUGAUUGUGGCUUUCUUCGUGCUCAACAUGUUCGUGGGCGUGGUGGUGGAGAACUUUCACAAGUGCCGGCAGCACCAGGAAGCCGAGGAGGCCAAGCGUCGCGAAGAGAAACGUCUGAAGCGGAUGGAAAAAAAGAGAAGGAAUAUGUUGACGGGUGUCAGUUGGUCCAGUCCAGAGGGCAGUUUUGCAGAGGCUCAGUGUAAACCUUACUACUCGGACUACUCUCCGACUCGCCUCCUCAUCCACAAGAUGUGCACCAGCCACUACCUGGAUCUGUUCAUCACCAUUGUCAUCGGCCUCAAUGUCAUCACUAUGUCCAUGGAGCAUUAUCAUCAGCCCAAGGUCCUAGAUGAAGCACUGAAAAUCUGCAACUACAUCUUUACCAUUAUCUUUGUCCUGGAGUCUGUCCUCAAAUUUGUUGCAUUUGGAUUUCGCCGUUUCUUUAAAGACAGGUGGAACCAGUUGGAUCUGGCUAUUGUGCUGCUGUCCAUCAUGGGGAUAACUUUAGAGGAGAUUGAGGUUAAUGCCUCACUUCCCAUCAACCCUACCAUCAUCCGCAUCAUGAGAGUGCUCCGCAUUGCCCGUGUGCUAAAGCUCUUGAAGAUGGCAGUGGGGAUGCGAGCUUUGCUGGACACGGUUAUGCAAGCACUGCCUCAGGUGGGGAAUCUGGGUCUUCUGUUCAUGCUUCUUUUCUUCAUCUUCGCAGCACUGGGAGUAGAGCUCUUUGGUGAUCUGAUAUGUGAUGAAACACACCCUUGUGAGGGCCUUGGUCGAUAUGCCACUUUCAGGAACUUCGGAAUGGCCUUUCUGCUCCUGUUUCGUGUGUCCACUGGGGACAACUGGAACGGCAUCAUGAAGGACACACUGCGGGACUGCGCUCAUGACACUGGAACGUGCUACAACACAGUAGUGUCGCCCAUCUACUUCGUCUCCUUCGUGCUGACGGCUCAAUUUGUUCUGGUAAACGUAGUGAUCGCCGUCCUCAUGAAGCACCUUGAAGAGAGCAACAAAGAGGCUAAAGAGGAGGCAGAGCUGGAGGCAGAAAUGGAGCUGGAGGCAGUCGGGGGAGAUGGAGGAAUGACCGGAGGGCAUAUUUCCCCUCUGGCUCUAGGAGACAUGGGUGGGCCUGUGGGGUCUCGAUGGAUCACCAGAGACUCUCAGGACAGAGGUUACCCCACUGAUAGCCCAACAGCAGCCAUACGCAGAGACUCGACAGCACACUCAAAGGUGGAUCCACCUCAGUAUCAAGAGCCCGAAUUACCGCGGAGGCGCAUGCUUGACUCGGUAUCCCUGGUGAUCCAGGGUUCGCUGGAAGGAGAGCUCAGCCUAAUGGACAACCUUUCAGGCUCCAUCUGCCACCACUACGCUCUACCCCCUCUCCCCAGCAAGUACUGCACUGAAAAACAGAUCCCCCUAGCUGAGGUGGAAACUCUGUCCCUGGCGUCUGAGAAAUCCUGGUCCUUAGCUCUGACGGAUGACUCUGUCCCUGAUGAUUUUAAUCCCCCCUUACUAACCAGUCUGGAGUGCAAUAAUUCAGAUCCUCCAGAUCGCGCAGAACCGGUGCAGCCCCCUGAACUGGUGAAGGAACACAUGCUGGGUGUGAAAAAGACUUCAGUGGGGCGAGCACUCUCCCUGCCCAACGACAGCUACAUGUACCUGCCCCUGCAGCCCAAUCCGACCUCCACAACCUGCAUGACCUCAGCUCGGCACGCCCAGUCAGGCUCCAGCAGCUCUGUUCAGUCUCAGAUGGAGGAGACCGCACAGCACCUGAACGUACCCACGGAGCUCUUCCGACCCAUCAGCCCCCACAGCCUGUCCGACUCCGAGUGUGUCCCUCGCAUUCCUCCGCCGCGCUGGGGGCACUCCCACACCCGCACCCUGCGCAGACAGGUGGCAGUGAGCACAGAUUCUCAAGAGGCUCUGCACACAGGAGGGGAGAUUGAGAGAUCCACGGGGCUGGGAGAACCCUCCACUGCCCCUGCCAGCUUCCCAGCCUCGCAGCAACACCCUCAGACUUCGCUGUUCCAUGUCCCUUGUACGCCGGGCACCUCUGAAAAACCGACAUGUGGCAGCGUGCACACGCAGCAUAACCCCCAUGACCAAUACAACAUCUGCUCAAGACACCAAAACCCCUCCCCCACCUGCGAUAAACCCGCCAAGGACGACUCGGUGGAUCAGGAGGUGUCUCGGAUAAUCCGAUCAGGAAUAAAAGGAAGCAUUGAUCAGGACUCGUUCAGAGAAAGCGGGAUUGAAAGUAGCUUGGGUGAGAAUCGCGCUUCAUGUCUGAGGCAGUUGAAGAAAUACCACAGCGCCGACGUGCAGUGUCGACGCCCACCGCUGCUCCUGCCUCGGCCCUCGUCCUGGCUCGACGACCCGCGACGCCACUCGAUCGAGGUAUGCCCGUCGGCAGAGAGCAGCCCUCAACGUAGUUCCGUGUCCUCCGGAUUCAUCUCGCGCACAAACAGUCUGCAGCAGACCUCGCCCCGGACCCGCAAGAAGAAGAAGAUGAGCCCUCCGUGCAUCUCUAUAGACCCUCCCGAAGGGCUGGAGCUUCCGGAAGACUUUCAUACAUUGGCGGGAACAGGCGUGGGAAUGAUACCACCCCCUGUGCCCAGCAGAGACACGUGUUUGAGAAGGAGAGCCCCGUCCAGUGAAUCCAAGGACUCUUUCGAUCUGGGUGCAGGAGAUGCACUGCCCCAGGAAGGAGUUUCUAACCCCAAGCUGUUGACUUUGCCUAACUUCUCCUUUGAGAAGACGAGCUCUGAGCACUAAACGUGUAAAUGCACAUAGAUGCACAUGAACCUACACAAAGAGGCACUCGGUGUUUCCAUGACAAUGAUAGUCAUAGUAAUAAUACUAUAGAAUAAUAGUGCUAAACACAAUGAUGAAUAAUUCAUGAAGAAUAGUGAUUAUUUUUUGUUUUUUUUUCUUUACUGCCAAAAAACAGAAACAAAACUACACUGUACUGAGAAUAAACCAAGCUAAUAACACGUGAUCUCUCUUCCAUCAUGCCGGACGAUGCGUCCUGGCGAAUCUAUGACCUCCUUUCGGACAUUGGUACCGGGGCCGAACAACAAGACACUUUUUUUCUGGCUGAAAACAUUUGGUGACUUAUAGCAAUGUAUGGUGAUUUUUCUUUCUUUGUUUGUUUUUUCUUUGCUGAGAACAGUGAUGAAGGUACAAAGCAAUAUGAACGUUUAGAGACACUAUUUUCUUAAAUUAUUUGGCCGUAGUAUUUGUACAGGAUGUAGAUUUUUUAAUUUCAUUCGGUUUAUGUCUUUUUGUGACUUCUUAAUGUUUAAAUUGUUUGUUGGUUUGCUUAAUUUUUUUCACAAUAGGAUAUUUUUAGCUUUAUAGGGGGAAAAAAAGAACCAUUUUUUAAAGUGCCAAGAUCCAUGUAUUUGUAGUAAUAGUAAUACUGAUAAUAUAUAUCUGAUUACACUUUUUAGUUAUUUUAAAUACGAGCAGCGGUCAGAGUAAAUUAGAUCAUCAGAUGUAUGAUGUAUGAUGUGUUUGAUGCACUACAAUGCAUACUGCCCAUAGCACAAAGACGCCUCAUUAUUGACUCGUUCAUCAAAACACAAACGUGACGUGCUGCCAUUAAUUCCAUUAGGAACUUUGUGACGAUGCCCAGUUAUAUGCAUUCAAUUCUGUAGCCUUUUUUAAACUAAAAAAUAAAAUGUAAAGUUUUCAUUUCUUAGAACAAAUACACAUUAUUGAAACUA